AUGUCUAUUGCCUCCUCCAUAAACCCGUUCUACGGCCGACUUGACGGCGAAGAAGACCCGGAAGAAUACCUAGACGAUAUCAGCUACGCCCUCUCGAAGAACGGCGAUGAGCAAGAGGCAUCAAAUCGGGACCGCUGCAUCCUCUUCCGACAAAACCUUCGAGGAAAUGCCAGAACUUGGUAUAACUAUCUGUUCCCCCAGCAGAAGAACGAUUGGGAUGCCCUCCAGAGGCUGUUCAGGGCCCACUACGGGAUCAACGAUAUCGAUAAGCAAUUUCGGCAGCAGAUAGCCAUCAGGCAGAUCCUUCUGUUGAGGCAGGACCCGGAUGAGUCGAUGGAUCAAUACUUGCAGAGGGGCGCAGAACUGGAGGCUCGGGUUUUGGGGACUGACGUUUGGCCGACAAUGGGGACCUGA